CGUAUUUUUCUAGACGCAGCUGACGAUGUAAACAAGAAAAGACAGUCGAGGGCAACAGGGAUCAAAUAGGCCGGUGUCACCGCAAAUGAUAGCCAUUAUAUGCUCAUAAACGGCUGACAUGGGGCUGCCUGUUACGAUUAAAGUCAAUUUCCGGGGAAAUGUGAAGAGAUUUUUGGCUCAGGAUUUGGACAAACUGGAGUGGGAGUCCGUUGAAGCCUGGAUCAAAGCGUCUUUUGGGAUCAACCACUUUCAAGUCAAAUACUUCGAUGAGGAUAAUGAAGAGAUUUGCAUAAACAGUCAAGAUGAAUAUGAAGAAGCAAUCAAGAGCGCUGAGAAGCAGGGGAACCAGUUGCACAUGAACGUGUACAAGAUGAAAGGGCAGGCCUGUGGAGGCCCACUGAAGACGGAGGUGAAGGAGCUGAAAGGAGACCUCCGGCCUGCUCCUCCUUAUCCAUCAAGGGUCAAAACGGUGGAUAAAGGCACACAGGUCACCCCAGAGCGAGACGUUGUCACAGUAAAGGACAACAAGGGGAAUAAGCCAGAAGAUGACCCCCCUCCCAUGUGGUUUAGAUCGUACAUGGAGAAGUUUAAAGAUGAGGUGGUGAAAGAGGUGGUGGAAAGGAUGUGCAAUGACUUUUCUGGCCAGUGUUGUACCCACAAAUCAUCUGAUGGAGCCCUUGAGGCCAGUGGAGCUAGUGGCGGCCCCAUAGGGCCCAGGCCAGGCCCCUCCACCUCAACUGGAUCCCUUGGCUACACCCCGAACUGCAGCAGCUGCAACAAACUCACCUCUGAAGGGGCCUACAAGUGCAGUGUGUGCCCGUCCUGCAUCCUGUGUGAGAUGUGCAGACAUAGCCAUGACCCCAGCCACAACCUCGUGAGAACCAAGACACCUCUCUCCAUCCCCGAGCAUGGAAUGUCGGGAGAGUUGAGGUUCCCAAGGCGAGGAGACAGGACAGUGCGCAAGGCCGAGCGACAGCGCCUCAAAGCUGAAAGGAGGCAGCUAAGAGCUGAAGUGAAGGAAAUCAAGAAGAAACUGAGACUGGAGAAGAGGGGGCUGCAAUGGAGUGGGCCGUCUACCUCAGGCAGAGCCAACCUGACAAACAUGGCCUGCGCCUCCACCCAGGUCCCAGCCAUACCCCCCCCUGCUGCCUCAGAAACAGCCUCAGGUCCAGCCCCAGCCCAAGGUUCCAUCCCUGUCCCGGCCCCUGAUCCCCAGGCCUCCAGUCCAGAGAGUCCCGGGGUCUCGCACACGUCCUUGGUUCCUACUAUGGCUGCCUUGUUUCUGGACGAAAAUCUGCCGGACGGCACCUGUCUGGAGCCUGGUACCAAGUUCAUCAAAUACUGGAAGAUGAGGAACUCGGGCACUAUCAGCUGGACCUCAGAGACUAAGCUAGUGUUCAUGUGGGGAAACCUCGGCCUGGCAUCAGAGGAGAAGAGGGAGAUGCCGGUCCCCUUGCUGCUGCCCGGACAAGUGGGAGUGGUCAGUGUGGCCUUUGUCGCUCCUGUGAUGGAGGGGACGUACACCUCCCACUGGCGGCUGGCGCACUGCGGGUGUCAGUUUGGCCCGCGUAUCUGGUGCAGCAUCGUGGUCGACCCCGGCGACGGCCGCAACACACUCGGGCAUCAGAGCAAACGACUGAAGGAGGAGGUGAGGCCAGUGGAGAAGGAGGAGGUUAGGGCCAGGGACAGCGACCCUGGCUUGUUUGUAGACCUGAACCACGAGGACUACUACUUCCCCUCAGUUGACCUCCUCACUGCACAGGAUCUACUGUCAUUUGAGUUGCUGGAUAUAAAUAUUGUGCAAGAGUUGGAGAAGGUUCCUAACAACACUCCUGUGGAUUUGACUCCCUGCAUAUCUCCUCUGCCCCAUGAUGCACCAGUGUUGGAGAAGGCCAUCAUUUCCCAGAUGAAAGAAGACGCAGAAGUCACAGGGGUCCGAAAACUUUUUGGAGCGAAACUGAGGCAGCAGACGGAGCUGCUGGACCCUGUGACCCGGGAGGAGGACAGGGAGGAGGAGAUCAGCGGAGCCCAGUUCCUCUGCGAGACGGUCAUCCGCUCCCUCGCCUUAGAGGAGGCCCCUGAUCACAGACCCCUGCGCAGAGCCCAGCACAGCAGCCACAAACCACAGGUUGUUUCCCGGGGCACCAGCUUUUGCUUCGAGAGAGCUGUAGAGGCUGAGAAGAUGGAGACGGUGCAAGAGGGAAAUGAGGAGAUCUGCGCCGUUAGACUUGAGAGUUCAGCUCUGCCUCUCAACACCGGCCUCAACCAGAUCAGCCAGGAAGAGGAGACAAGGCCAGUUCUGCUGGAACCGGCGAAUGAAAACCUACAUAUCAGCUCACAUCAAGAUAACGAGGAUGAAGAGGUCAUGGUCCUGGAUGACCUGGAGAACAUGAGGGACAGUCAAGACGAGAGGGAGGAGGGCGGAACCAAAGGAGAAGAUUGGGAGGAGGUCAGCAGCCAGACCUCCUCAGUCUCCUCCUGUGACGAUUACAUCAUUGUCCUCCCGGACUGCUUCGACACCAGCCGGCCUCUGGGCGAGUCCAUGUACAGCUCCGCCAUGUCGCAGCCCGACGCUGCUGCUGCUGCUGACGAUGAUGAUGUGACCUCAGCCGAGCCAGACACACAGCAGGAGGGGGAGGAAGAGGAAGAGGAGGAGGAAGAGGAAGACUCCAACUCUGAGCCAGGCGAGGUGGCACCGCUGAGAGAGAGGCAGGACGAGGCGGAGGUAGUCGAUGCGGAGGAUUCGUCCGUGAACACGUGGCCUCCGGCGGCCCCCCCCGCCCACAGCAGCGUGAACCAGAUGCUGUGCGCCUCCCAAACCCUGGACGCUGUGACGCUGACCCCUGAAGUGGUGCCACCACCAGUGCUGCCUGACCCCCUGCUGCCUCCACCGACGCUCUACUCCCCCAGGUCUGAGGCACUGUACCUGGCUGAGGACCCCAGUCCUCCAGCCUGUGGCCCAUAUGAGCCACACCAACCAAGGGUCCACCUAAAUGUAUCAUCUGGUUUGUCAAGAUCAGCCGGCUCAGCAUCCAGUGCCUUUGAGACAUAUAACCCCAGACCCAGCAACGCUUUGCAGCCAAGGGGCCAAGGAGGCAUCACAGAGGGGCUUGUCAAGGGCGCCCUUUCUGUGGCAGCGUCCGCUUAUAAAGCUCUCUUCACUGGACCAAACUGCUCAAUACAGCGAGGCAUCGACCCAGCCACCAGGCAGGACCCCUCCCUGAUGGCGAUGCUGCUGGAGAUGGGCUUCAGAGACCAGCGUCUGAACCAGCGGCUGCUGAGGAAACACGGCUACAGCCUUCUGCACACCGUCAACGAGCUGGUGCAGAUAGCCGAAGACGGCCAGAACAAAGCUGUCAACACUAAGCACUGAGAGAAGGGGAAUCUGUGGAGUUAAAAAAAAAAAAAAAAAAAUGCUAC